AUGGUGGGAGCUAACAUAGUAACUUUUGCAAUUGGACUUGUUACUCUUCAAGAACUACCCAAGUCUAAAAACCACCUUAUUGGGUGUUUUAUCUCGAUUGCUGUAAUAAACGCUUUACUAAAAUACGUUGUUUUGAAAGAGUUGAAUAAAUGGACAAUAAUUCACCUUCUUAUGGCGCUUUUAAUUAUUCCGGGAUUUGAAAACAAGGGGGGACUUUACAAUGUAUACAAUUCCUCCAGAACUAAAUCAACGCCACCACCACCAUCAUCAUCAUCAUCAUCAUCAUCAUCUAUAAUAUCUGAAGUGAUAAAAUAUCCAGACACGAAAGCAAUUUUCAAUUUCUUACUUCUCAAUGCAAGUUUUAUGGUGAUUCAAUUCUUGUACUCAUUCAGAUCUAAAUCUUUAGGUCUAUUAUCUGAUUCGUUGCAUAUGUUUUUGGAUUGUUUAUCACUAGCCUUGGGAUUAAUAGCAGGAGUGGUUUCAAAAUAUAAAGUUGACCCUGAUGGGAAAUAUCCCUUUGGUUGGCAAAACCUUGAGAUACUAGCAGGUUUCACAAAUGGCACACUAUUGAUAGGGAUCAGUGGCUCUAUAUUAUUUGAAGCUAUUGGCAGAUUAGUCAAUCCCGUAGAGUUGCAAAGGACAAGCGAGUUGAUUGUUGUUUCUUCAUUGGGAUUGUUGGUGAACUUGGUGGGUAUAUUUGCCUUUGAUCAUGGACACUCUCAUGAUCAUGAUCAUUCUCAUAGCCAUCAUCAUUCUCACAGUCAUCAUCAUUCUCAUAGUCAUGGCCAUUCACAUUCUAACAAUAACAACGAGAAGGAGAACGAGGAUGACAUCAACGACAAUAUGAGAGGAAUAUUCUUACACAUACUAGCUGACGCGCUUGGGUCGGUUGGAGUCGUUGUUUCAACUAUACUCACAAAGAUGUUCCACUGGCAAGGUUUUGAUCCUUUAGCAUCAGUUAUCAUUGCAAUAAUGAUAUUUUCGUCUGCCAUCCCCUUGGUCAAAUCAACCGCCUCCACUUUAUUAUUAUCCAUCUCCAAGAAACAAGAGUCAAUGUUGAGAAGCACGCUACAUGAAAUUCCUACAAUAAAAGGAGUCAAGUCAUUCACAACACCUAGAUUCUGGCCAAGUCAUAAAAGGGGGAAACUAUGUGGUUACGUGCACAUCCAGGUAUACCGAGGUGAAAACACCUCGUUCAUCAAAAGAGAAGUCGAAAAACUAUUUGAGGAUCAUCAGUUUGACGACGUAAUGGUACAGGUUGAAAAUGAUUUUGAUAGUUGUUGGUGUAGAAAGUAG